ACUCCCGGGCCUAGCGCGGGAGGCCGGCCUAGCUCCUCUGCGCCCCAGCGCUCUGGCGGGCGGGGAAGUGAUUAAGGCUGGCUGCCCCCGUAGGGGCGCAGAGUCUAACGAGAUCAAAGGCCGCUGCCCCGCCCGCCUCAAGGCGCGCGCCGGGGUCACGUGCCCCUUCGGUGAAUGGGGAGGAGCUGGCGUGCAGGGGGCUCAGCACUAAUCCGGACCGGAGCCUUGGUCGCUGUCGGAGCCAUGCUGCGGAGCUGCGUCUCACGACUGCGCACGCUUGCGGUUCUGCGCGGCCAGCCCGGAGUCGCGCCUCUGCCGGCGAAGGACCCGUGGUCGCCGCGGGUGAAUCCCGGAGCCGGGCGGCGGGAGCAGGAGGCCAAGCCAGGCUGCGUCAGGGGUGACCCGAGGUCAUUUUCUUCUGAGGUCAUUCAUAUGGACCUUUCUCUCCCCAACCCCAGUUGGAACGAGGACAUGAGACUUCUCUUUGACCAGUUCAUGAAAAAAAGUGAAGACGGCUCUUGGAAACAUUUGCCUUCAUAUAAAAGUAAAUUUACUCAAAGGACUGAAGACAUCAAAAUCUAUUUUCCUGACGCAAAGCUAAUGAAAGAAAAACUGUCACAGGCCCAGCUCUUUCCCAGAAGCCUUGAGGAAGGCCUGGGCUUUGAAUAUGCAAUGUUCCAUAAUUGUGUUGAAGACAGGAUAGUUUGCAUAUUUCAAGGAGGUCCCUACCUGCAAGGAGCACCUGGAUUCCUUCACGGAGGUGCCAUUGCAACCAUGAUUGAUGCUACUCUUGGUGCGUGUGCUAUAGUAGCCGUAGGAGUUGCCAUGACUGCCAGCCUCAACAUCAGUUUUAAAAGGCCUAUCCCCCUUGGUUCUGUUGUUGUGAUAAAUAGUCAAGUUGAUAAAGUUGAAGGAAGGAAAUUGUUUCUUUCUUGUAAUAUCCGAAGUGUGGAUGAGAAGACCGUGUACUCAGAGGCAACAAGUUUAUUUGUAAAGCUGGAUCCUAAAACAAGGUUGACAUAAACGAGCUUCUGGUACAUUCUACACCAGUCUGUGUUAGGGUCUCCUUCCCCCAGAAGAAGCUGUUGUGCCACUCCUGCUCUACUUACCUGCCAUUGAGUCCCCCAGAGGGUGAAGCCUGCUAACACACCUUCCUGAACAGAUCUUCAGAAUACAACUCCAGGGACUCUGGUGCCAUCUUCUAAACUCUUCAACACAGAAGUACUCCUUGUGAGAGUGGCAGCAAUUAUUUGUGUCUCCUUAGGAUAAGUGUCUGGUUCACGUGACUUUGAAUGGGUUCCUUAAGGCUGCACAAGCAUGCUUUGUGCACAAGCACAAGCACAUGCACAAGCAUGUCUGCCCCGUUGCUGCCUGUAGAGAAAACUCAUACUGAAACUCUUACCACAAACUUCGAUAUGCCAGAAAACCAAAGGAAGUAAUGAGGUAUGUGUGCAUGUGUGUGUGUGUUAUAAAUUACAAAGCUAGCUUUAUUGUAUCCAAACAAAUCUUUUUGGCUACACUAGGAAGUGCAGCUAGUUCCUAUGGAAUGAAUAACUCAACUCUGGAUCCUAGAGAAUAAACAGCUGUACGAUUUUU